CGCACCCAGCCGAGCCGCAGGACCCCGUCACCCAUCCCGCACUGCGCACUGGACAUGAUAGUGACCCGCGGACGAGUCUUUGAACCGAGCGCUGUGCGUUCUUCUCCAAAGCCCGGCGCCAUGAGACCUCUUCCGUGGUCCAGAUCCAGCCCGGUUCUGCCAGGUCCGUUCAACAGAAGUCUUUACAGCCUCCGCGCGCUCUCGCCUCCCGACCCUCUGGAGCUCGGCUCCGCGCACAACGGAGAGCACGCUCGCAGCAACGAAAAGGAACAGCUUCAAGGGCUGAACGAGCGCUUCUCAAGUUACAUCGACAAGGUGCACUACCUGGAGGAGCAGAACAGACAGCUCGAGGAGGAGAUUCACGCGCUGCGGCGGCAAAAACUGUCGCAGUCGCACCUGAGCGGCGCAUAUGAGCAAGAGAUCAGCGACUUGCGCUCCACCCUGGAGCAGCUGAACCACGAGAAGAACCGGAUCCUGCUGGACGCGGAGCGCGCGGACGAGGAUAUCCAGCGGCUGCGGGAGCGCUGCGAGGAGCAGGAGCGCGCACGGCAGCAGGUGGAGUUGUCGGCACUCGGCAUGAAGAAGGACGCAGACGGCGCGCUCGUGAUGAAGGUGGAGCUGGAGAAGAAGAUCCAGGCGCUGCUGGAUGAGACGAACUUUUUGCGCGACCACCACGAAGAGGAGGUGCGCGAGCUCGUGGCUCAGCUCCAGGCCGCGCGGGUCCCGGUGGAGCGGGGAGACUUUCAGAAGCCCGACAUCACCUCCGCGCUCCGGGAGAUCCGCGCGCAGCUCGACGGCCUCUCCUCCAAGAAGCAGAACACGGCCGAGGCCGUGUUACGGAUUCGGUACUCCGUGUUGACAGGAGCGGCCGAGCAGAACAAGGACGCAAUUAAAUCCGCGCGCGACGAGAUCGCUGAUUACCGCCGCCAGCUGCAAUCAAAGAACGCCGAAUUAGAGGCUCUGCGCGGCACCAAGGAGUCCCUGGAGAGGCAACUGGGUGCCAUCGAGGAGCGUCACAACACCGACAUCAGCAGCUACCAGGAAAUGAUCCACCAGCUGGAGAAUGAUCUGAGAAGGACAAAGUGGGAGAUGACUCAUCAUCUUCAAGAAUAUCAGGACUUGCUGAAUGUUAAGAUGGCUCUAGAUGCUGAAAUUGCAGCUUACAGGAAACUUCUGGAGGGAGAAGAAACUCGUUACAAAACUUUCUCUGGAAGCAUUCCAAAUGCCAUGUUUAGCUACAGUCAUUCCAAAACUCCAAAAAUCCAGCACAACAUUGUGAAAAACACUGAUGAGGCUGCAGAGGAAAGGGAUAUAGAUGAUGACUUGGCGGAUGUAGCGAAAGAGCUCUCCGCUGAGGAUGAAGUGGUCAAGGACAAGAUAGUUUGUUCUAGUAAACAAACACUUGGUGCAGAGCAGGAAGAGUGGGAAGAGAAAGAAGCAGAUGAAGGAAAAGGGGGAAGUGGGAAAGAAGAAGAGGGCGGAGCAAAAGAGGAAACGAGGGAAGAUCAGCUGCUUAGCGAAGGAGAAGGAAUGGAAAAAGAAGAGACAGGAGGAACUGAAGACAAAGAAGAGGAGGGAAAAGGUGAAGAACGAGAAGAAACAGAACUAAGUAGUACCAAAGGUGAAACAACAGGAAGUGAGCCAUACAAAAAAGGUGAAGUAGAAGAGGAGGAGGAGGAGGAGCAACUCAAAGGAAAUGAGGAAUAUAAAGAUGCUCUGACAGAGACAAAUGAGAACAAGGAUGAGCCUGAGGAAGAAGAAAGGAGUGGUAACAGGCCAAGCGAGGAUGAGGAGAAUAGCAAUGCUGAGGAGGAAGAGGCAGAACAAAAAGAUAAAAGUCCCAAACCAGGAAAGAAAGCAAUGGAGAAGGAAGAAAACUGGAGCCAUAAAAGCCCCACCAAGGAGGGUCUUACAAAAAUUGUAGAAUCCAUCACCACCGAAGAGAAAAAUAUUACCAAAGCAGCUCCCAAAAAAGAGAACAAGGCAGAAAAAGAGCAAGAAAAAAAGAAGGAUGUAGAAAAAGUAAUAACGAAUACAAAAGACAACAAUUGAUGAUGGUAAAAAUGUUAUAGCUAAUUUCAAUAGAUAACACCAAUACAAAGCAAUAAUACAAAGCAAUACAGCUGGCUUUGCAUGAGUAUUAAAGAUUUGCAUGUACUUGGAGAGACCAAUAGAUUAAGCCAAGCCAGAAAAACAGUCAACAAUUCAAUGUUUUCCUGCUGAAAUUGUUUGCAACACUGUUAACUGGAAUUUGCAGCCAUGUGAUCUAAUGUUUUUGCAACAGUUGUUUGGUGCUAUUAUAUUAACAUACAUAUGUCAUUUAAGCCUAAACUACUAAAACCUCAUUGUUUGUUUCUAAAAACAUACAGCAAAACAAUAGCAUUUAAGCAAAUUAUUUAAAUGAGUUAAAAUGAAGGUGCUGCAACACUCUUGAGUCAAUAAAAAUAGUUAUUUACA